AUGUCGGCCGUGCAGGAAGACGCUGUGAUAGUGACCAGAGCCUUGGGCAUUCCAUACCUGUGGAUUGACGCGCUCUGCAUUCUGCAGGGCGACGCUACCGACUGGGAUCUCGAGUCGUCCCUCAUGCACAAGAUCUAUGGCAACGCCUACCGUCUCCAUUUCGACAGCACACAAUGGGCCUCGCGCGCCUGGACGUUCCAGGAGGCGACACUCUCAAGGCGGAUGAUUCUGUUCGCGCAGUCCGGUCUUUACUUCAGCUGCGGCGCCGGGCUCGUCUGGGAGUACGGCGGGGUCUUGGAAGAGCCUCUGAACUCUUCUGUCCACGGCAUCGUGCAAGACACAUCCGCUGCGGAUAUGUACCGAAACUGGAACCAGAAGAUUGCCACCCAGUUCUCGGGAAGACAAGCCAUCUAUCUGGCUGACUCGCUACUUGCGCUCUCUGGCACAGCGCAGAUCUUCGCGACGGCUCUGGACGACGAGUACGUGGCUGGUUUGUGGAAAGGGGAUCUGCUAGCUGGACUGUUCUGGAAGAUGAAGGACUCGCUUCGCAGCUCUUUUGCAGAGCUGCUGCAGUCUCUUGAUGAUCCAUGCAUUGGGCCAGCUGGAGCUGGGUAG